GGUAUCGUGGCCAUGGCGGUGGCGAACAAGGUGGACGCCAUCCACCCGGGGUACGGCUUCCUCUCUGAGAGGACCGACUUCGCCCGUCACUGCAAGGACAACGGCGUCACCUUCGUCGGACCCACCGCCGAAAACCUACAGACUUUCGGGCUUGUAGCGGUAGUGCAUGUGACAGAUAUGAUCGCGCGAAAAUCAUGA